UCUGACUGCGAUGGCGCGUAUGCCAGAUUGCCAAGCGGUGAAAUGACGGAAAGCUUUUUUAGUUUUGCUUCAGACCUACCCCCUGCUGGGGAUCAUGUAGAUCUUGAAUUAAAUGGAGGCUAUGAAGAGGAGAUUGAUCAACUUAAUGAUGAAACUUUUGGUGCUGAAGUGGAUGAAGCCGAGUGGGACCAUGAUGACCACAAGAAGUUGGCAGAGUUGACAGAACAUGAGAAGAGCAAUGAGGGUGACAUUAUUGGUUUGCCAAAGAAAGUGUCUAGGACUGAAGAGGAGGAGCUAGAGCAGAACAUCAGCCAGAUCGUGGAAGACGAUCAGGAUGGCCUGGAUGACCCUGCAAUACUCAACGUCUCAGGCAGCAUUCCCAUUCCAAAAAAGGUUCAGCAAAAUCUCGAGCAAAUCUUCAACUGUCCAACUUCACCACAGGGACUUUUGGAUGCUGAACAACUGGUGUCACCGGGCAGAGCUAACAUCUGGGGCAGUCCUGCGCGCGAUGCGAGGGUGGUGUGCGGCGGCGGCGGCGGCGGUAGUCGCAGCCUAGAAGACAACCCACUCCGAGCCGUGUUGACGCGACUGCAGACAACAGGAAAACCUUCAUCGUCGUUCGGCGGUCAGUCGGCUCCUGCUCCUUUCAACGAUCCGUCGGUGAUCACGGUGGGAGGGCCCGUGUCUCAGCCUCCCCAGCAGCCCUACCCUCCCGCCCCGCCCCACCUCACCCACGCGCUGCCGCCCACCUACGCGAAGACCGUUCAGGAGCUGGAGAGCGAACUGCUGCAGCGGUCGGGCAUGCGGGGCGGAAAGACGGUCGAGGAGCUGGAGAGGGAGAUGAUGGCGCACCCUGGAGGCGAUGUGGUGCACUGUCAUCGAGGAAUGCAGAACGUGGGCUCGUCGCGAAUGCCGAUGAUGGGGCCACCACCUGGUUUGCCACUGACACCUCAAAUGGCAGGAGUUAUGCCGCGGAGAAGGGGUGUGUCACCACCACUAGGACUAGGAAUGAACCCAAAUACUCCACACAUUGUCAGUCUGGGCGCCAUCCCUCCGACCACACUGCAGUCACUAAGUAAUAGACUUCCUUAUACACCUGUUGGAAGUCAAUUUUCAGCUCCUGCCGGGAGAACGUCACCUCACGAAGUGUUUAUGAGUGGCGGCCGGGGCAUGCCGAUGCCUGGAGCCGGUCGUAUGUCUCCACCAGGCAUGCUGCCUUUCCCAGGGAUCUCUCCACAUGGACAACCAAGAAUACCAGUUCCACUGCCAUAUAGUGAUCCAACUCAUCUAAGGAGGAUGCCUCCAGGAAAUUACAAUCAAGGACCGGGCAUGUGUCAUCCAUCCGUAAACAGGGGUUUCCCACCCGGUAGAGGAUACGCUCCAAACAGGGUUGCAUUCAACCAAUUCCAACUGGAUCGCAACUUCAACAGGCAGGGACAGUAUGGGCACAACAGGAGGUGGGCCGGAGACAGGGAUGAUCACUGGGAGAGGGAUAAUGGCUUCGGAGAUCAGGAGGAUGAGUACGCCUGUCUAAUGACGCAGCGCGAGAAGGACUGGAUCGUCAAGAUCCAGAUGAUGCAGCUACACACCAACAACCCUUACUUAGAUGAUUUCUACUACAUGAAUUAUUCGAUAAAAGAGGAAUUGAAAAGAAAGGCAAAACAGAAGGGUGCGAGCGGUGUCAGCAAAGACGAUGCCAAGCUGAUCAUGCCAAUUGUGCUGCACACUGAAAACAGAUCAUACCGACCAGCGCAGUUCGAGGGAUCCCUGGGGAAGGUGUCCGUAUCGAGCGUGAACAAUCCGCGGCAGAUGAUCGACAUCGGUCUGAACUCGGAGGAGGCCGGUAAAGCCGAGGUGGGCGCCGGAUACGAGAACAGCAAGCAGGAGUUCAGGCGAAGCCGGCAGCUGCUGAUCGACAUCGAGAAGACGUACACGGUGCUGCUCGAGAUCGACGACAUUGAGAAGCAGGUGCCCAACAUGCCCGAGGCAGUCAGUGAGCUGAUGCAUGAGAGAAGGCAGGAGAAGAUCGAGCGAGCAUACAAGCAGCUCCACAUCGAAGGCUCGAACCUGGACUACCUCACGCAGGUCAUGUGCGUACGGAAGGGCAAGCGCCUGGUCGGUCGCGUGCUCUCACUGCUUCAUCACGCCGAGGCAUGCUCCGUGCUGCUCGCCGUCGUUAGAAACUUGCCGCUGAUAGCCAAGCGUGAUCAGCAAGAUGAGGUGUUGAUCGAACUACUAGAUUCCACUUUGCAAGCAAUCUCACAAUUCAGCUUCGAGAUGUUGGUGGAACUUAGUAAGGUUUUGAUGGGUACGGAUGCCCAAGAGAAGAGUCCACUCAUUGCUGCCAUACAUACCAAGUUCGGUGCUUCGCUAUUAGCUGCCAGCUUUACCAGAGCGGAAGAGCUGUAUACAAACAACUCCCUGGGUGUGGAUUCCUCCAGAGCUCAAGAUGAUUGGUCGCAGUUUGUGCUGAAGCUGGUCGUCGUCGUCGAGAGCGUCAGCGAGCUGUCGACGGCAAAGCCGCUGUCAGCGUGCGACACGCUCACGCAGCAUCUCCAGCGUGUCGGCAUCGACAGUAAACACGGCGACCGUCUCGCGUCUUGGCUUCAGGUAGCCCCCAGCAUCACGCCCGAGGAGUGAGGCACACAGCCGGCGGAGGAGUGAGGCUCACCGCUGCCAGGUACACUGCGCAGCACGAUGGAGGAGAAUCUGGUCUGAGAGCGAAAUAGCAAGAGGGUGGCUACUGGCAUACUGCGCGUAAACGGACAACGGUCUUUCGAACGAGGCGUGCGGAUACGUCGCGUUUAGGUUGGCUAACAAUUCUGCAGUGGAACUCUAUAGAGCUAUGGUUGCUGUGGUGCUGUCGUUUGUGAGAGACAAGGUGGCUGUUUUUUCUCCAGUGGCGGAGAGAAGGAGUAUGUAGGAAAGUAGUUAGGUGAUGAGAUUUUUGUGAAUUAUUUUUAAUUAUUUCUUUACGCGCACACAGCACAAGCAUUCGCACAUGCUGCCGGUAUUUUUCUGCUAUGAACAGGCACUUCAAAAUCAUGAUGAAAGCAACUUCACGAUUUUUUCUGGUCGGAUUCGGUCCCGUUGUCGUAUUUAUUAGUUCAGUGUAAGAUUGCUAUUAAGAAAAUUGCUGUUGGUUUUGUAAACUUGUUUUCUUUACUGUAAUUUACAAAUGCAACUAAUAUUAUAAUGAAACCAGAGCCACUGCUGUAUAUCAUAUAAUAACUUUUACAUUUACAUUGACCCCCCCCCCCCCCAAACCCCAAUUGUCAAUAAUCUCUGCUUGUAUAAAGUUUUGCUUAAUGGUUUUUGGAAAUUUUCUAAUACCGAGCAUUGAUCUUUUCAACUCCAUUCAGAACGGAAUGCAUAAAUAUGUCUUCUGCUGUCGAAGUUUCAUUAGCCAUUUUACAGACGUGCAUAGUAACAGUUGGCAUUACUAACGUAACAGCAAUAGUCUAACAAAAAUUGACUACGGUGCAUGUACAAGUGCAGGUGUACCGAUUCCAGAUUGAUUGGUACACUUGUGUAAAACCUGUGUAUAAUGGUGUAUAGAUAUUAUUUGUAUUUUGACGAAAAACACAAGACGUGUCUAGCGACAGCUAUUUUUUGUAGGGAUGAGGAUCAGUUUGUCUUAUUUAUGGUUUGCCGGUGUCUCUGUACUAGGCAAGUCUGUGGGGUGGUAUCUGUUGUGCCCAGGCUUUAUUCAUUUGAUGCCUUAAAACACAGACCAAGCCAACUGGAGUAGGUUUUGAUCAUGUAUUACAUACCUUUUCUAACCACAGUGAGAAUAUAAGUUUGUAUAUGUUGUGAUACAAUCGAAUCAUUAGUAGAAGUUGAUUGCAGAAGUGGCAUUAUAUCAGAGCGAGUGACAGUAAUUCAAGUAACAAGGUUUUCAGUAAUUCACGGGUUUUUGAUUUUGGUCUGUUUUGUUGGCUGUAGACUGGCCUCGUUUAACCCAUGCUAGCAAUUGAAGUGCUGCCACCUGGUGAGACUAGGGCUCACUCGAUUUGCUAAAGGAUUGCUUUCAUGAAUUGUUUACCCUGGUUUCACUGUUUAGUUGUCUGUGACAGGUUCCAUUUAAAAAAGUUGAUACUCAUUUCCUCUCGUCUUUAUUGACAAUUUUUCUUUACUGACCCAGCAUUAAAAAGGGGUAACAAAAUAAAUAGGUGCUGACAUGUCACAACAUAA